GCGGUGGGAGGAGUAGGGGGAAAUGGAGGUUGGGGGUGAAAUAUGAUGGUCCUGGGGGACGAGACUCUAUAGUUGGGCGUCAAGACUGGCUUAGGCCUGCGGGUUAACCCAGACGCGGUCGAGGAGGGCCAAAUUCCAGGUAGGGCAAAGUCCUCCGGAGAUGGAGUGGAAACUGGAGCGCACUGCCCCUCGGAAGGUACGGACUGAAGAAGAGAUGAUGUGGGAGAAUGUGAUGCAGAUGCUUUCCAAAGGCAUGAAGCAGAAGAGAAGUCAAGGUUCUCCCAAGGUAUUUGAUGCAGUUAAUACUACAUAUUCUAACUUUAAGAGCAACUUUAUGAAGAGACUGUCGGCUGAAGUUCCUGUUGCCAGUAGCCCAAUUACCACAAGAUGGCGGCAAAGCCAAACCGGGGAUUUGGCAUUCCAUUCCUUUGGUGAAGAGCAUUCAACCACUGACCUAGAGGCUUCUAGGUCCGUGCUGAAGAUAACUCCAGACAAAGAGACCUUGAUUCUAGGGUCCUACGAUGAAUCACUGAUGACUCCCAUCAAAGGAAGUUUUGAAACAAAUAACUCUACUCUUCAUUUCUGCAAGACACCGCAUGCACUGGACGGAAGCUGGAAGGAAAAUAUUGCCUUAAAAGGCCAGAAAUACCUAAAUCAACUAUUUUCGACCCAGAAGGUGGCUCAGCAGGUUAAUGGGAAAAUGCAGCUCUGUGAGCAAUCCCAGUGUGUUUGGGAAGGCUGCAGAGAUGGAGUCAGAGAUGAAUCAUUCUAUUUUAAAAGUUUCAGUGAUAUAAACUAUUCCAUACUCCGACCAGAGGUGAAGAUUCAUCUUACUGGUCUUCGAAAUGACUACUAUCUGAAUAUCCUAGACUGGAAUUUUCAAAAUCUUGUUGCCAUAGCCCUUGGGUCCUCUGCAUACAUCUGGAAUGGGGAAACUCACAAUGGGAUUGAAAAUGUAGACUUAUGUCUCACUUGUAACUAUGUAUCUUCUGUGUCCUGGAUAAAAGAGGGAAACUGCCUGGCAGUUGGCACCAGCGAGGGAGAAGUGCAAUUAUGGGAUGUGGUAACUAAAAAGCGUCUGAGAAAUAUGCUUGGCCAUUUGUCAGUAGUUGGGGCCCUGAGCUGGAAUCACAGUAUACUCAGCAGUGGGUCAAGACUGGGCCGUGUUUAUCACUACGAUGUUCGGGUAGCCCAGCAUCAUGUUGGAACACUUCACCAUAAGCAAGCUGUGUGUGCUCUGAAGUGGUCACCGGAUGGCAGGCUGCUUUCCAGUGGCUGUAGUGAUGGACUGCUGACUAUAUGGCCUCAUGAUCCAGGCGUGACUGCACAAAGUCAACCAAUAAAAGUCAUACCCCACCCUACAGCAGUCAAGGCCAUGGAUUGGUGUCCCUGGCAGUCUGCUGUCCUUGCUGUUGGAGGAGGAAUGGAGGAUGGACGCUUACACAUCUUGGAUAUAAAUACUGAGCAAAGCAUCCAGAGCCCAAGCACAAACUCACAGAUUUGUUCCCUAAUCUGGCUACCUAAAACAAAGGAGAUUGCAACUGGCCAGGGUACUCCUAAGAAUGACGUGACUGUGUGGGCCUGUUCUGCUCUGGCCAGGUCAGGUGGAUUUUUUGGCCACAGAGGCAGAGUACUGCACUUGGCUUUGAGUCCAGACCAGACCCAAGUGUUUUCUGCUGCAGCUGAUGGCACAGCCUGUGUAUGGAAUUGCUGUUAGCCACUUAGCCCCUCUAAGCUUCAGUUUCCUUAUUUCUAAGUGAGAAUAAUGAUGUUGGCUUUGUCUUCU